AUGAGAGCUGUCGUAGCUUUGUUGCUGCUGCUGUGUAGCCUGGCUGUCAGUCAUGGAUGGAACUGCAGGGAGGGUCCUCGGCUGUAUGGCGCCAUGCAGAUUGAUGCUGGAAUGGGACAAGUGGUUGUAGCAGACAAGUACAAACGGACGUACUUCCUUAGUGGACUUUCCUUCUACAGACUGGGCAGACUGGGCAUGAAGCAUGUCACAGUGGGAGCUGGGGGAUUGUGGGGAAGUUGCCAUGCCAACAAGGUGUACAAAUAUGUAGCUGGAGACUUCAAACUUGCCAAAGGUCUGUCUAUGCACCAGGUGGAUGCUGGCGGUGAUGGUCAGAUUGUUGGAGUAGGAACUGGCAAACAUAACGCCUACUGUCUGAAAGAGAAGACAGCUUUGGGCUUCUGUGGACGACGCACCCUGAGCUUGACUUACCUCUCAAGACAGAUGAAGUACUACAGCUGUGGCCCAAGGAUGGGAUGCUGGGGAGUCGACAAACGUUACAGGAUCUGGGUCACAAAGAAUAUAUCACCAACCAGCUGCCGCACCAGUGGCUGGACAGCCGUGCCAGGGCCAAGAAUGAAAAUGAUUGAAGUGUCAUCAGACGGAGAAGUUUUUGGCGUGACUACAACUGGCAAGAUCUACAAAAGAGCUGGCAUCACCAACGGUCGCAGAGAAGGCAAACGCUGGGUUCACGUCCCAAUGUGCAUGGCCGUCAGACACGUGUCCUUCGACCAGUGCAAUCUUUGGGUUGUGACCACCUCUGAUUUGAUCAUGAAGUGCUCACGCAAAUUCAUCAGUCCGGCUUAG